CUGAUCUAGAAUCGACAUCGGAACCGCUGCAUGUGACGCCGCUUGCGUACCGGGCGCAACCGCUGGUGCGCCCUAGCGCCCUUUCGGCCAUGGCAGAUCGCAAGCGCAUGAGCAUCGGCGCGGUUACGCCCCCCAUGGUGGGGUCGCGGUCCAGUGCCACCACUGAAAGAGAGGCUGGCAUUGCAGAGGUCUUUGGCAAAGCCUGCGAGGAGAAAGCCAAAGCCAUGUAUGUCACGUCCAUUACGGACCGGGAUCUGCAGGGCCGGCCGAGUUUCACCGAGAAGGAUCGGGUGGUCCUGGCACCGCCCGAGUGCAAUGAACAGGAGAUGGAAGAUUGGGUGAGACAAAGCGUCGGCUAUGGAUGUAGAAAGGGCUUGAAACCCGAGAGCCCGAACCAGGACAGCUUCUCCAUGGUAAUGGUGGAGAAUGAUUUUGCGAUGUACGGUGUUUAUGAUGGCCAUGGUCCAGCAGGCCACGACUGCUCGGACCUGUCCUUGAGGAAGCUUUGCAGUGCCUUCUUAAACGACCCUGACCGAGAACGGGAUCCUGGCGCGGUCCUCACCAAGGUUUUCCUGGACACGCAAGAGAUCCUCAUGAAGCAAGGGACCUUUGAGACCAGCGGUACCACGUGUACCAUCGUGUAUCAUGAUAAGAAGCUCGAUAAGCUCACCAUCGCUCAUGUGGGUGACAGCCGCAGUGUGCUGGGGAAGAAGAAAGAUGAGAUGUCGCCCUGGGAGAGCUUGGAGUUGACCACAGAUCAUAAGCCCGAUCUUCCCAAGGAGAAGCAACGCAUUGAGAAUGCGAACCCUCCUGGCCGUGUGGUCUUCGACGGCUAUUACAACCAUCGUGUCUUCGCGAUGAACGGGAUGUAUCCAGGCCUCAACAUGUCCCGGGCGCUGGGAGAUGUGAUUGCACACAAAGAGGCGGGCCUCAGCGCCGAGCCGGACAUUUGCGUCAUUGACCUGAAGGCAGAGCGCGAGAAAUACGCCAAGCUCAUGCUGCUAGUGUGCACGGAUGGCGUUUGGGAGUUCAUUCUAAGCCAAGAGGCCAUUAACAUGGUGCAGAAAUUUCCUGACUGCCAACAGGCAGUGGAUCGGCUCAUGAAGGAAAGCUGGGAUCGAUGGAUGAAGGACUCCGACAAUGAAAUCACGGACGACAUUACUGCCGUCUUGGUGCACUUGUGACCUCACACUUCCAGCGACCUCACCCCACACGGCCUCCUCCCGUGCUCCAAUUCAGAUUGCGAGACAGACGGCCAGACUUGAAAGGCGAUGAGACGGCGGGAAGCCUCUUUUUGGGGCCUCGCCACGAGCAUGUGUCCAG